AUGAAUGUCGACACCAUCUCCGACUUCCUCGCCGACCAACGGGACGAGGCACCCGAGGAGCUCCAGGGCCUCAUCAUCCAGUUCGAGAACCUGUGGGAGCGCAAGCUAUGGCACCAGCUGACCGACGCCCUCGUCGAGUUCUUCGAGAACCCCGCCAGCCAGAAGCAGCGCCUGCAGUUCUACAAGGUCUUUAUCCUCAAGUUCGCCGACAAGAUCAACCAGCUCAAGCUUGUCGACCUGGGCCUCAAGGCCGCCUCGGCGUGUAGAGAUGACCAGGAACGGCUGUCCUUCCUCCAGGACCUCGCCAAAAAGGUCGACAGCGAGACCUCACAAGACGCCUUCGUCUACGCCACGAUAGCCGUCGGCCUGAUGAAGCUAAAGGUUGACGAUGAGGAUGGCGCCCGCAAAGACCUCGACAGUGCCGAGAAGAUCCUCGACACCUUCGACAGCGUCGAGACAAAGGUCCACGCCGCCUUCUACCGCACCAACGCCAUGUACUACAACUCGGUCCAGGACUACGCCUCCUACUACCGCAACGCUCUGCUCUACCUCGCCUGCAUAGACCUCAGCACCCUGUCGCCCGCCGAGAGGAAGAACAGGGCCUACGAGCUCGGCAUCGCCGCCUUGGUCUCGGACUCCAUCUACAACUUUGGCGAGCUGCUACAACAUCCCAUCCUGGCCGCCCUCAGCGGCGACGCCGAGUGGCUGCGCAACCUGCUUCUUGCCUUCAACCGCGGCGACCUGGCCGCCUACGACACCCUGUCCGGCCACAUCUCCUCCAACGAGCUCCUGGCCGAGCACGAGACCGAGAUUAGGCAAAAGAUCUACCUGGCCGCUCUGACCGAGGCCGUGUUCCGCCGGCCACCCCACCAGCGCGCCAUGACCUUUGACGCCAUCAGCGCCGACACCAAGGUCCGCAUGAAUGAGAUUGAGCACUUGGUCAUGAAGGCCUUGAGUCUGGGCCUGGUCAGGGGGACGAUCGACGAGGUGGACAAGCUGGUCAACUUCACUUGGGUGCAGCCGCGCGUGCUCGACAUGACCCAGGUCGCCAGCCUGGGCGCGAGGCUGGGCGAGUGGGGUGAGAACGUCAAUAAGCUGGGCAACUGGAUCGAGGCCACGGGACAAGACAUCUGGGCUCCGUGA